UCAGCUGCUCUGGCGGUCAUAGAGAAGGGUGGGUUUAUUGCGCAGAUAUAUUGUAAAUUUAAUGCUUUAGGUUGUAUAGCAGGUGCACUGUUAUAAGCAUGAAGAAGGGUCCGAGACUAAGGGCUCAUAUUUCUGUGUUUUUACUCCUGGGCUGUACGCCCCUUUAUUUUGUAACCUGUACAGCAAAUGGAGAUACGGAUAAUGGCAUAUUUUCAAUUCGUCAUGAAAGCUACAACAAGUGUCUUCAAGCUGAAAACUCCAAGCUGAGUUUAAUGGAAUGCAAAGACUCUUCUGCUUCUGUUCAGUGGAAAUGGGGAUCCGAACACAGACUUUUUCACAUUGGAUCAUCACAGUGCCUAGGAUUUGACUCCACAAGCAAAACCAUUGGAAUGUAUGAAUGUGACCAUAAAAAAGUAAUGUUAUGGUGGCGCUGCAGAGGAGGUAUUCUGUAUGGUGUAUUCCAGAGAUCAUUAGCUGUUUCAAAUGGAACCAUAACUACAAGCAGUGAUUUAACGGAUACGUGGGUCAGAGACAACAGCUCUGAAAAUAUCUGCCAGCGUCCUUAUAAAGUGGUGUAUACGACGAGAGGGAACUCCUUUGGGUCACCUUGCGAACUCCCGUUUCAAGUGAAUGGGACCUGGCAUCAUGACUGUAUCUCCGAUGGGAGAGAGGAAGGGAGGGAAUGGUGCCCCACCACUGCAGAUUAUGAUACAGAUGGCAAGUGGGGAGUCUGUCUGAAGCCUGAAAAAGGAUGCAAAGUCUUGUGGGAAGAGAGGGACGAACACUGCUACCAGUUUAACUUUCAGUCGGCGCUGACUUGGAAAGAUGCUCGUGUGUCAUGUCUGAGUCAAGGAGGGGAUUUACUGAGCAUGUAUAAUUCCUCUGAGCAGGCUUCCCUACACGCUGUGGAAAGCAACUUUCCUGAUUCUGUCUGGAUUGGAUUAAAUCAGCUGGAUAUGUCACAUGGGUGGCAGUGGUCUGACAGGACUCCACUUGUGUUUGUGGGCUGGAAUGAAGGGAUGCCUGUGAGAUCCAUGUUAAAAGAGUCCAGCUGUGGAGUGAUGAAUUCUCAAGGUGACUGGGAGAGAUGGUCUUGUGAAAUGAAGUUGCCAUACAUCUGCAAGAAACGCAUUCAUGAAUCACAGACUGAAAUAAACCCAUGGAUGUACAAAACAACCACUUGUGAAAAAGAGUGGCUUCCAUUUAAUGGGUUCUGUUAUAUGAUGGUGGAGGAGUCAAAUACCAUGCAGAAUGCUCAGAGUUCCUGUAAGGAGAGGGGAGGAGAUUUAAUCAGCAUUCACUCCUUAGCAGAUGUGGAGCUGAUCAUCACUAAACUCCAUAAAGAUGCUGAACAGGAAGUGUGGACAGGACUCAGGAGCAAUUCAGGCUUGUUCCAGUGGAGUGAUGAAUCUCCAGUUUCCUUCACAUACUGGAGUAGGGAUGAACCAAGUCUUCCUUCAGCUAGUACUGCUAACUGUGUGGCAUAUUCAGGAGAGCUUGGUCUUUGGAAAAUCAAACCGUGUGAUGAGAAGCUACCUUAUGUGUGCAAAAAGAGAGGUGAGGUAAAUGAAUCGGAGUCAGUCUCAGGCUGCCCGGCAGAAGGGAAUUGGAAGAGACAUGGCAAUUCGUGCUAUAAAGUGGAAAAUAAAGAGGUUAUGUUUAAGGAUAGAUGUGAUCUUACAAUAAGGAACGGGUUUGAACAGGCAUUUAUUAACAGCCUCAUUAGAGAAAACAUUCGAGAAGAAGCUCAGUACAUAUGGACAAGCUUUCACGACACAAAUGGUACUGGAGACUACCAGUGGCUGACCAAAAAUGGAGUAAUGGAUCGUGUCACGUACACUAACUGGAAUACAUUUGAACCAGCUCACCUCAAGGGCUGUGUUGCAAUGUCUGCUGGCAAGGCCCUGGGAAAGUGGGAGGUCAAGGAUUGUGAUACUUUUAAAGCCAUCUCCAUCUGCAAGAUGGACAUCGGUUCUCACACAGAACCAGAACCUGAACCCAAUCCUGAUGCCCCCUGUCCUCCUGGUUGGCAGUCUCAAAAAGGCCUUCUUUACUGUUACAAGGUUUUUCAUCAUGAAAGAAUAGUUCGUAAGAGGACUUGGGAAGAAGCAGAGAGGUUCUGUGAAGCGCUAGGAGCCCAUUUGCCCAGUUUCAGCCACCAUGAGGAGAUGGAAGCCCUACAUUACUUGUUAAGGGACACAAUCAGUAACAAUAGAUUUUUUUGGACUGGAUUGAAUAAGAGAAACCCAGAAUCUGAAAACAUGUGGGAAUGGAGUGAUAACAGACCAGUCUCCUCAGUCGUUUUUUCAGAAGAGUUUCAUGAAGAUGAUGAUUAUGAUCGUGACUGCGUUGCAUUUAAGACACAGAAGAGAACACUUACGCCUUUCUUCAUGAUUCUGUUUCACGAUUUAGUGACUAAGGAUUUUUAUGCACAUCCCUUCAAUUGUGAUGCCAAACUCGAGUGGAUAUGUCAGAUACCAAGAGGUGUGAAGCCAAAGACUCCAGAGUGGUUUAAUCCUGGAGGACAUCAUGAAACAUCAAUAUUUAUUGACGGAUAUGAAUUCUGGUUUGUGAAUGAUACAGUUCUGUCCUAUGAUGAAGCUCAAUUAUAUUGCAAAACCAACGAAAGCAAGCUGGCAGCUCCACAGACUUUCAAUGCAGCAAUAAAAAUAAAUGAAAAGCUGUCUGAGAUUUCUAGAAAUACCCGGCAGGGUUGGUGGGUGAAUAUGCGUGAUGCUGAGCACGUCUAUCCCAUAGGGUUUCCUCAUGGGAGAAUUUAUCCUUUUAUGCCGCCUUUUCUGGGCAUGUGUACUUUUAUGACUCCACAAUCCAUGUUUCCAGGUAUUAUGGGACAUAACUGUGAGCUUCCCCUGCCUUUUGUGUGUCAAAAAAUCAACUCAACAGUGAUGGAGACUGGCCCACUGGGACAUUCUAACAAGACGUGCCCAAAUAAUUCUCUUUCUCUUGGAGAAAAGUGUUACACUGCAAUUAAACCCCGUUACCUGACAUUUGAAAAAGCAAAUGAAUUGUGCAUGUCACUUGGUGGAACACUUCCAAGCAUCUCGAGUCAAGCUGAACAAGAUUUUGUUACCUCAUUACUGUACGGCCUGCAAAGUAAAGUGUGGGUUGGCUUGAAGAUGACGCGUACUUCUCUCCGGUGGACUGAUAAUUCCCCAGUCACAUAUGUCAAUUUCCACCCCCUGCUUCAUCGAAACCAACGGCGAAUUAAGAUCGAUCCUCGCAACCCAGACAGUGUGUGUGUAUAUGUCCUCAAUGAUGCCCGUUCAACUUUUGUGGGGACCUGGGAUUUCACUGCUUGCAAUGAUGCGCAGUAUAUGGCAGCUUGCCAAUUUUACACAGAUAAACCAGUUCAGCCAGAAAUCACACAGGACACUGAGGUUAAUGUUGCAGACCACAGAUUCAGAAUUAUCUGGAAGAAUGUCACAUGGUACGAGGCGCUUAAGCAGUGCGAACAGUACAAUAUGGAGCUGGCGAGCAUCUCGGACACCUACCAGCAGUCUCACCUCACUGUGAAAGUCAACCAGUACACACAACCCCUGUGGAUCGGUCUCUUCAGUGAAGAUAAUGGGGUCCACUACCGCUGGUCAGAUGGCAGCCACACAGUGUACAGUCGCUGGUCUGAGGAAGCACACAGUGGAGGUUGUGUUUACCUGGACACAGGUGGCUUCUGGAAAGCCACUGAGUGUGAAGAGCAGCUUUCAGGAGCCAUUUGCCACAUUCCUAAAAAUGAGACUGUUAACAUAACUGAAAGAAAUGUCACAAAAUGUCCGCACAAAAAAAAUGGACCUAACUGGGUUCCUUUUGAAAACAGCUGCUACACAUUUCAGUUGUCUGCAAAAAGAUGGGAGGAUUUUGAUGGAAUGGAAAUUCAUGGAGUGUGCAAGAAACUAGAUCCCAAUGCCGACAUUUUGAUUAUAAGGAAUGAAACCGAGAAUACUUUUGUGAUGGAGCAACUUCUGCCUUUCAAAGACCUUGUAGAGUGGGUGUGGCUUGGUUUAUAUUUCGACUCAAAUGAUGUGUCCAUGAAGUGGUCUGACGGCACCUAUGUUCAGUACUCGAACUGGAGAGACGGACGACCGCAACAAAAUGAUAGCUUCUUCUUUGCUGGAAUUCAUUAUGAUGGAAGCUGGGAUAUAGUGCCUUAUGCAUAUCGUGCGUUUUUCCAGCAGAAAAGUAUUGUUGCCUGCAAGAUCGAAAAAGGCUCGAAAGAGGAGUAUCACAAUAAAUUGCCUGAUACUGUGAUGUAUGGAAACUCCAUCUACAGAGUGAUACAGAAGAAAAUGAACUGGCAUGAGGCACUGAAAGAGUGCAAGAGAAGUGGCAGCCAUUUAGCUAGUAUCCAUGAUGAACCCCACCAUAUGUUUUUGAAGAACUUGACAAGAAUGGAUGGAUUUCCUCUUUGGAUCGGCCUUUCCAGUCUAGACGCUAGUGGCUCAUCCUUUGAGUGGUCCGAUGGAAAUGACUUUGAUUACAAGCCAUGGGAGUUUAAACAUUCAGAAGAUUCCAAUGGAUCCUGUGUCUUCAUGGAUACUAAAGGAUUCUGGAAACGCACCGAGUGUGACACUGUUGUACAAGGAGCUAUUUGUUACAGUGUGACUACUCCAAAGUCAGAUCCAAGGACUUCUGUUUCAUCUCCUGGGUGUCCUCAGAGUAGUGGCUCAUCUAACUGGAUUCAGUACAAAGACCACUGCUAUGCAUUUGACAUAAACUUCUUCAACUACUCAGUGUACACAAUGAAUGAAGCUAAACAAAUUUGUCAGCAACUUGAUGCGUCUUCACAGCUGCUGACCAUUAAAGAUUUGGAAGAGAAUGAAUUUGUUUACAAAUAUGUCAAAGAGCAUCCUAUCAUCACUGGCCGUGUUUGGCUCGGCAUUGAUCCCGGCUCCAAAGAUAAACCAGUCAGCUGGCUAGAUGGCACCAGUCUCAGCUUCUCUAACUGGGAAAAUAAUACUUCUCCACUGGAAUCUGAAUCCCGCUGUGCUGUCAUUGUGAGCAGAACUGGGAUCUGGAGAAAUGUUAGCUGCAAUGCGAUACGCAGUAGGAUAGUUUGUAAAGCUCCUGUCCGGUCGGAGAGGACAUCAGUAGUUAUCGCCUUCCUUUUGCUCAUCCUCGUAGCCAUAAUUGCUGGAAUACUUUUCUUAGUAUAUAGAAGAAACAGGGUACACUUUCCAUCCAUGUUUUCAAGGGUACGCUAUAAGAGAAGUGUGGAUGACCCCGACAGCACAAGCAUAAUAACACAGACUGACUGAAACCGAGAGUUCCCUUUUUUUACACCAAGAGGAAAAGAGCUACGUUGUUGCCAACAAAUGCCUACAAGCACUCCAGUUACAUUCUUUCAGUCUGUAGUGAAGAACUCCUAAGCUUGCAGUAAAAAUGUUUUAAGGUAAAAUGUCAAAGGCGAUGAGGUGAAGUGCUAGUUAAAUACAUGCACGUUUUUAUACAAGUCUUUUUAAAUUUCUUUACUCUCUAAGGUUUCAUUUUAAAUGACAUUGUUGCUUUGUUAAUUUAAAUUUAGCCAUAAGUGCAAAAGAGCUUACCACAUCCUGCUGGAAUAACCAUUUGAACAGUUCUGCUCAGACUAUUGGAAGGCUGAAGCUUAUCACAGUACAUCUUCUCCUGAACUAUCACUGGAACAAAUCUUUUUCUUAAAUUUUAGAACUGUUUAGUAUUAAUUGUAAAUGUAUCUGAUUAUUGAAUUAAUACAUUUUUGUAAAAAAAGUUCCUAAAAAAUAAUUUGAAAUUUUGGGAAUAGUUUAUUACUUCCUUUAGCUGGUGAAGUGAUUUUUUUUAACUUACAAACUACAAACAUUUUUUAUAACAACACUAAGGUCAUAUUAAGGAAGUAAUUCUACAAAGCCUUCAAUAAUCAGUCCUGAAUCAGAAUACCAAAUAAGAAGACAAACUCCUUACACUCCAUUCAAACUUCAGUGUCUCGAACAGGUACCUUUAAUUUAGUGUUAAUUAUUUAAGACUAGAAUUUGCUGUAAAUCUUAAGCCUUUAGUUGCGAUCUGCAACAGAACUAAAACCACUACAAUUUUACUUUCCAAAUGCCAAAGUGGACGCUGAUUGAGCUGCACUGAGUAUAAACCUCAUCAGUGUGUUUUCUUGAAUUUUACCACGUAGAUCUAGAGGAUAAGGAGAUAGCAGUGCAUGAACUGUAUUGAUAUGUUGUGUUUUUCAAGUGACUGCUACAAACCACCAAAUACUUGCACUAGAACCAGGGUUCUGUGGCACUCUGGUUCCUUUCUGUAAACUAAUCCAUAAUCAAUUUCCUUAAUUAUGGAAGUAAUCAGCAGGGUAUAUUGGGUAACCAGACACAGUUAAGUGGAUAAAUGUAAUUGGAUGGAUGUUCCAAGAUUGCCAAACCCUUAAACUACUGAAUAUAUGUGCACUUUAAAUUUUAAAAGUCUUACCAUUUGCAAGGCACAAAUUAAGUAGAUUAUAAAGAUAUUGUAACUUAACUGUUAGUAGCACUGUACCUGCUUUUGUAUAUUUUGUAAAUAUAUGAAGAUACUGUAUGUUUAUAUUUUUGAACUUCAGCCUAAACCAAAGAGGUUUGUGAAAUGAAAAUGAACCAUCGCAAUUUGGAUCUGUUGAUGUUGAACAUUCCUUUGACUGCUUGAGGGACAAAAUCAACUCUUGGAAACUAACAGGGAUGUAUAAGGAAAAAUAAUGAUAAAAAUAUCAUAAUUAUAUAAAUUGCUCUUCAAUUGUUAUGGAAUGUUUUAGUUUGUUUUUAAAUGUUUUUUUUUGUUUCCCUGGAGAAUCACCUGCUUUAUUUUUGCUAAAAUCAAGACCUUCCAAUAAAAAACUUCUGCCAAUUG